UGCACCGGUAGCCGUUCACACGCAUACAUGCGUCCGAGUGCUUAACUUCCUUGGCCAUUAAUCUUCUCUCCCGGUUCUCAGGCUAACCUAAACCUCAUUCUAUAUAUUACGGUUUGCAGCGGUUCAUCAGUGAGAUUUUUCCGUUCAUUUUAUCUCAUCCCUUUUCCUGGACGCUGCUAUCUUUUAUAUUCAUUUUCAGCACCUUCUCGCUUCACAUAAGACCAUGGCAUGAUCGUUCGUAAUUAAUACUGUUCUGUCUGGCUGAUCUUGACCGGCUUCCGACCAUCAUCCUGGUCCGUGUGCCGUGUGUGAAAUAACCUCUGCGCGUUAUCCAACCAUCAACGGUCAACAGUAGCCAUAAAACACCGUGGCACGCAAUCUUCGUGGAAUGUUGCCGAUUUCCGUAACAAGUCAUCAUUUGAUACCACUAUGCCUUCUUCUUGUGUUUACAGUAUCUGCUGACCGAUAUGACACGGAAUCAUCCCGUGUAAACAAAAGGUCAAAAUGGCAGGCCGACAGGAUAAUAAUGGCCGACGAGUCUGGCGAGCCCAUUCAACAAACACUUGAUGAUCCGGAAGCUUUUGGAGACGAUUUCGGGAAUUCUGAAGAAGAUCCUUCCUACCGGACAAAUUUGUUCGAUAGGGAAUACUUUGCCACUGAUCUUCAAAAGCGCAAUACUAAAGCCUUCUAUCCACCGAAAACGUCUUUCGUAAAACAAAAACAAAGACCAAGCAAAUGGGCAAAUGAAGUGCUGGCGGCCAGAGGAAUUCUCUCUCGGUAUCAAGUGGGCCAAAAAAAGGAGUUCGACUUCGCUCCUAAAGACACAUACCAGUGUGGCGUACAAAAGGUCGCUCCCAAUGACUGGCUAAAGGGCAAGCCGACGUCAUCGGGUCUGAAAGACGUAACUAAGCGGAGAAUCGAGGCUAGGCAUCACAGCUGGCCUUGGCAAGUUGACAUCUUCUUCUACCGGGUGGAGAACGGAAGUGCUGUCCGGGUGCAUCUGUGCGGCGGUACCCUCAUCGAUCGCUGGCACGUAAUCACCGCGGCACAUUGCAACAUUAUACGCAGUCAGAAUUUUGCUUUAGGACGACCGAAAAGUUAUUACAUUCGAGUGGGACAGCACUACCGGUCGGUGGAUAGAGACACGGUCCAGACAAUUCGGGUCGACAAAUGGAUCGAUCAUCAGCAUUAUAACGAUUCAGUUUCGGAAGGAGAAAAUCCACCCAAAUUUUUUCUGUAUAACGAUAUCGCGUUUCUCCGUUUGGACCGUCCGGUGGACUUAAGCGAUGAAGUGCAUCCGGUUUGCUUGGACUUUACUGACACCACACCCUUCGCCAUUGGCACUACUUGCUACGCCACGGGUUGGAGUUUGGAGGAGUUUGAUUAUCAAAAAUGGAUUAAAGGUGAUUAUUCGGAAGUACUCAACGAGAGCAAAUCGAAGAUCGCCAAAGAUGCAUAUUGCCUGAAGCAUCACAGUGGAUAUAACGCCGAUGUAACCUUAUGCACCAAAUAUUAUCCAGGGCAUUAUUCAUGUCACGGCGAUAGUGGAGGGCCGCUGCAGUGCGAGCGGGAUGGGCGUUUUUAUUUGGUCGGGAUUGUCAGUUACGAUGUUGCCACAUCGUGUCGCGCGACGGGUAUGACAUAUUUUACGAAAAUUCGCGGUUUACAAAACUGGAUUGAGGGUCAGCUGGAGAAAAGUUUGCAAGAACUUUCACAAACAUCGUGAUUGACGGAGAACAAUUUUCGCGAGAAACUGUUUCUUUGGUUUUGGUGAAUUUAGUUUAUUUUGUUUGAAAAAGCAGCGCUUUUUCCUUACGACGCACGAUUCAUAUAUAUGAGCAAAAAACACAGCUGAAGCCGGUGUUUUCGGCUUUCCACUGGUUAAUAAUUUGAUUCCAAAUCCGCUGCAAAAUGAGUUAUGCUGGCCCAUUUUGUACAUAAAUUUACGCAUGGCUGACUGAUAGCUGCAGUUUCAUUUGAUAUUACCCUUUAAGCUAUUCCAGGAAACUGCGGGCUGCAUCCACGGAUAGCAAAUGUUUUCUUACGGUAAUUAAUUUUUAGCUUAUUAGUUAAUCGCUGAUGUCUUGAUGGCUGCACAGUUUAAUUUAUGGAUAUCUAGUAUACAUCACGCAAAAAUCGUGUUAUUUUAUUAAUGAUGAUGCUCGGGAGGCAAUGAAUAAAAGCUCUGGAACACA